AUGGUACCUAGGACUCGCUCUACUCCCUCUACCGAAGAGGCACCGAAUGUCUCUCGAAACCUCAACGAGUCAACCACUGUUGAGGAUGAAACACUUCACAACGCUCAAACUACCCCACCGGACCUUGACGACAGCCUCGCAGCUGUACAGGCUACCAUCGAGAAGCUUCAACGUUUGAAGGACUUGCAGGAUCAAGCAGACCGCCUCAAAUCUGAGGUUCUGGGUCGGAGCCAUGACGAUCUCCCGCCGAUUCCCUACCGGGACCCCUUCCAGUCGUCUGGAAAAGACCAAGAGAUCAAGCUCAAAAACCUGCCUACCUUCACGCUGGACUACACUCUCCAGAAACGCCAGGAGUGGCUUCUCGACCUACAACAAACAUUCGAGGGUGCUCCAAAGAAAUACUACAACGAUCGCACGAAGAUCCUUGGGGCUAUCAGCCACAUGAACCCAACCUGUCGGCAGAGAUGGUACCGACACACUGAAGAAAAGGGACCGACUCUCUCACGAGACCCUAAGGAAGACUGGCUUUACUUUAGGGAUUGGACCCUGACUCUUAUUAAGAAUGCGGCUAGCCUUGAAUCGGAUAUUAUGGGACAGCUCGAGAGAACCCACCAAGGCUAG